UGGACCGAUAAAUGUGCUUUUCUAUUCCCUGUGAUUUCUUUACAAGUUUUGCUUGUGUCGAGAAAAGUACUUAGGGUACGUUCGUGACAGUGAUCGGGAUUUGUGUAUUUUCGGUCGAUUGCAGAAUAUCUACCAAAAUAGCGCCACCGACGCCGACCAAACGUGUGAAGAUGACGGAGUCCAGUAGCAGUGUUGUGAACGGGAGUAACUAUGAGACAUUACAUCAAGGACGUCUCAACAUGUACAAAUCCAAGGUUGGAGUUGUGCUAGGAGCUCAAUGGGGCGAUGAAGGCAAGGGCAAAGUUGUCGAUAUGCUAGCGCUGGAAGUGGACAUUGUUUGCAGGUGUCAGGGCGGAAAUAAUGCUGGACACACCGUUGUAGCUAAUGGCACUGAAUUUGAUUUUCAUUUGCUGCCUAGUGGAAUUGUAAAUGAGAAGUGUAUAUCUGUGAUUGGCAACGGUGUUGUCAUCCACUUACCAUCACUCUUCGAAGAAUUAUCUAAAAAUGAGGCAAAGGGUUUGCAAAAGCUCGAACAUCGCUUGAUUAUUUCGGAUCGCGCGCAUUUGGUUUUUGACUUCCAUCAAUUGGUGGAUGGUAUGCAGGAGGCCGAAAAGGGUGGCAAAUCGCUCGGUACCACCAAGAAAGGUAUUGGUCCGGCUUACUCCAGCAAGGCUACACGUAAUGGCAUUCGCGUAGGCGAAUUGUUGGGUGAUUUCAAUAUCUUCACUGAUAAGUUUAAAUCGAUUGUUGCAACACAUUUGCGUCUUUUCCCUUCUAUUAAUAUCGACGUUGAAGCUGAGUUAGCGCGAUACAAGGAGUAUGCGGAAAAGAUUCGGCCCUAUGUAAAAGACACCAUUUGUUUCCUUCACACUGCAUUGCGCCAAGGCAAGAAGAUACUGGUAGAGGGUGCCAAUGCCGCUAUGUUGGAUAUUGAUUUUGGCACUUAUCCAUACGUAACGAGCAGCAAUUGCAGUAUAGGUGGCGUACUUACUGGUCUGGGUCUACCACCUCAGACUAUUGGUGAUGUUAUUGGAGUCGUUAAAGCAUAUACCACUCGUGUAGGCGAUGGUCCGUUCCCCACCGAACAAAUUAAUGAAAUUGGUGAGCUGCUCCAGACAAAGGGUGCCGAAAUUGGUGUUACAACAAAACGAAAACGUCGCUGUGGUUGGUUAGAUAUUCCGUUACUUAAAUAUACCUCACUUGUAAACGGUUAUACAAGCAUUUGUUUAACGAAACUUGAUAUACUUGAUACUUUACCAGAGAUCAAGGUGGCUGUUGCUUACAAACGCGCUAAUGGGGAAACUUUGGAUCAUUUCCCUGGCACAAUUGCCGAAUUGGGCGAAAUUGUUGUUGAAUACGCAACACUGCCCGGGUGGCAAGAGAGCACUGAACAUAUACGCAACUUUAAGGAGUUGCCUGAAAAUGCACAAAAGUAUGUACGUUUCCUAGAAAGUGAGCUGAGUGUACCAGUACAAUGGGUUGGAGUUGGCAAAGGUCGUGAGUCUAUAAUUAACAUCCACUAAUUUUAACACGAAACUUGUGUUUUUGCAUAAUUGGCUUUGUCAACUGCACAGAAACUCCGAUUGUGUACUUUAAUGAAUUUUAAGGAUUAUGUUAAUAAAAAUAUUUUGUUUUGACUUUUACUUGAUAUA